AUGCCCGGCCACCCGGUCGCGCCCACGGUCACGGACGGCAGCCAAGAAGCUGGAGACCUGUCUAUUUCACAGCUUAAGCACGAGAAAUCCAACUCGCGGUCUAGCGGGUGCGGUAACGGACAUGUAGUCGACAUCAUGCAGGAGACGCCAAACAUCCACGACCCGAACGUGACGUUCGAGGAGUACCUGUACUGGGCGAGCAUCACUCGCGCGGAAGAGCAAGAGGCGAAUGCCAGAUACGUCCAAGCCAGAGGGCCUGUUACCAUCAAGAGCGUGAUCAAGGACAGGUUCAGGAAGGGUGACGAGCACGGGCAGUAUGAGAGCAGCGGCGGCGCUCCGGACACGAGGGAGAAAAGCAUCGGGAGCGACAAGACCUUGGUUCCUCCCGGCGAAGGGGUUGUGGGAAGCGUAACGCAGGAAGAAUGGAAGAGGGCUAGCAGGGCGAUGAGAACAGCCGGCUGGGGUGCCAUAUUCUAUCUCAUCACGACGGAUAUCCUGGGACCCUUCUCAACGCCAUGGGCCUUUGCGCAAAUGGGAUAUGGCCCAGGCGUGGCUCUCUACACCGUCUUCGGCAUCAUGUCCUUGUAUUCGGGCUGGAUCCUCUACAAAUCCUUCCUCGGCCUCGACUCCGACCGGUACCCUCUGAAAGGCUACGGUGACCUGUACUUCCGCGUAUUUGGGACCUGGGCGCGGCAUGCCAUCAACUUUGCGCAGGGCCUGCAGCUCAUGCUCUUUGUCGCGGUCCUCAUCCUCGGUAACGGACAGUCGAUCUCGCAGAUUUCCAAGGGACCCAACGGUGACGCGGGGAUUUGUUUCGUUGCAUGCCUUAUCAUCUUCAUGGCGGCAGGGUUCAUUCUGGGACAGAUUAGGACGCUGCAGCGGUUCUCGUGGAUCGCAAACCUGGCUGUUUGGGUGAACCUGUUGAUCAUCUUCAUCUGCAUGGGCGUCGUGGCACACUCCCCUCCGAACUUCGCAGCGACCAGAGCCUCCUUCGGCGACGCCUUCGGUCCCGGGCCAAUCCACACGUACGCCGGCACCCCGCCCAACGGCAUGGCAUCGGGCGGCUCCGGCUUCUCGGCCUCUCUCAACGGCCUGAACCAGGCAGUCUACUCCUACGGCGGCUGCCUCAUCUUCGCCGCCUUCAUGUCCGAGAUGCGGCACCCGAUGGACUUCUGGAAGGCGCUCCUCCUCGGGGAGGUCUUCAUCUACUCCAUCUACCUCAUGUUCGGCAUCUACGUGUACUCGUUCCAGGGCCAGUACAGCUUCAACCCCGUCAUCCAGGGCCUAUCGCCCUACGCGUGGCAGACGGCCACGAACGUCCUCAGCCUCAUCACGGGGCUCAUCGCGGCCGGGCUGUACGGCAACAUCGGGAUGAAGGUGCUCUACGUCGAGUUCCUGCAGGGCGUCUUCGGGGCGCCGCCGCUGACGGCAUCGGCGGGGAAGAUGCUCUGGGCGGCCGUGAUCCCGGUGUACUGGGUCAUCGCCUUCAUUGUCGGCGCCGCGGUGCCGCAGUUCUCGCUCGUCUCUGGCUUCAUCGGCGCGCUUUUCAUCCUGUCCUUCACUUACACGCUGCCGGCGUUGCUUGGGCUCGGGUACUGGAUCCGGAAGGACGCGAUGUUGCCUGGGGAGGAACGGUUUGACCCCGCGACGGGUAUUUAUCACUACGUCGAUGGCGGGUUCUGGCGGUACUGGAGGGGCUUCAUGAGGAAGCCGCUCUUCAACUCCUGGAAUAUCUUCUACAUGCUUGGCGGCAUGGUCACGACGGCGCUGGGGAUGUACUCGUCCAUUGAGGGGCUGAUUGAGGCAUUCAACGGCAAGUCGCAGGCCACGAGUUUCGGUUGUGCGAGUCCGGUGUAG